AUGGCGUCCACAGCAGCCCGGACAUACCUGGCCUUUCAGCACAAUGCCAAGCUUCACACCCUCAAGACUAUCGUCACCGCGAUCCGCCCCUUCGCCGAUCUCGAGGAAUCCAACCGCCAACUCUACAAAGAUGGCAACGAACAAGACCACGUCGUCGUCACGGAACAGACAAUCUUCCACCCCCAGGGCGGCGGCCAGCCUUCCGAUGUCGGCGCCAUGACAACACCCUCCGGCGCGUCCUUCGCCGUCAACUCAGUGCGCAUGGAUGCUGUCCGCGACGGGCAAGUGCUGCACUUUGGACAGUUUAACGCACCCGAUGCGCAUUUCAAUGAGGGCGACGAGGUCGAGCAGGCCAUCGACGUCGAGAAGCGGCUGCUGUACUCGCGCCUGCACACGGCUGGCCACGUCCUCGGUGCCGCGGUGAGGCAUUUACUGGAGAAGGAGGUCGAGGGGUUCGACGAGCUCAAGGCGUCGCAUUUCCCCGACUCCGCGUCGUGCGAAUUCCAAGGGUCGAUUGACGGAAAGUGGAAAGAGCCAAUCCAAGGCCGGGUGAACGAGUAUCUCGCCGCCAAGAUGCCGGUUAAGGUCGACUUCUGGGACGAGGAAGACUUUCGCAAGCGUGGGCUCGAGAGGCUGAUUCCUGACCGCAGCUUGGCGCCGCCGGGGGAGAAGUUCCGCGUCGUGGAGAUUGUGGGCGCCGAGGUGUAUCCUUGUGGUGGGACGCACGUUGAUACCACAGACUUAUGUGGGGAGACUAUUGUUAAGAAGAUUUCCAGGAGUAAAGGAAAGUCAAAGGUCAGCUAUGCCGUGAAAUGA